AUGCCUCCCCCUUUCCGAUCCCUUGCCCGAUCCUCAGCAUCAACUUCGCUUGGCCAGUGCCCUCCCUGUUUUCCUCUCCCUUUCCCCCUGUCCGCCUCUCCCUUUCCCCCUGUCCUCCUCUCCCUUUCCCCCUGUCCUCCUCUCCCUUUCCCCUUGUCCUCCUCUCUAUUUCCCCCUGUCCUUCUCUCCCUUUCCCCCUGUCCUCCUCUCCCUUUCCCCCUGUCCUCCUCUCCCUUUCUCCCUGUCCUCCUCUCCCUUUCCCCCUAUCCUCCUCUCCCUUUCCCCCUGUCCUCCUCUCCCUUUCCUCCUGUCCUCCUCUCCCUUUCCCCCUGUCCUCCUCUCCCUUUCCCCCUGUCCUCCUCUCUAUUUCCCCCUGUCCUUCUCUCCCUUUCCCCCUGUCCUCCUCUCCCUUUCCCCCUGUCCUCCUCUCCCUUUCCCCCUGUCCUCCUCUCCCUUUCCCCCUGUCCUCUCCCUUUCCCCCUGUCCUCUCCCUUUCCCCCUGUCCUCCUCUCCCUUUCCCCCUGUCCUCCUCUCCCUUUCCCACUGUCCUCCUCUCCAUUUCUCCCUGUCCGCCUCUCCCUUUCCCCCUGUCGUUCUCUCCCUUUCCCCUGUCCUCUCUCCCUCCCACCCUUCCUCCCCCUCUCUCACAUCCCUUCCUUUCCUACUGUCCUCUCCCACCAUUCACGCUUCUCUCAGCCAUCCCUUUCCCCCCUCCCCUGUCCCUCGCUUUCCCCCACUACCGUCCCUUCCCUUUCCACUACCUGCACCAAUAGUGGAUCGGAGUGUAAAAACCUGCUCUCCUUGGAUGAUGCCAUAACGGAGAGCCGCCGCGAGCGCCAACAGCGGCGGUUCGAGGAGCGCCUCGCGAUCUUCCACGCCCUCGCGACGUGCGCUGACGCCCCUGCCGAAGCGGCGCCCGACGAAGCGUCUCCUUUGCUUCCCAAAGAAGAUUUGCACAAGCCAGAAUCGCGUUCAUCUGGUCCGUCGAUUCCGUUAGACUCGUACUCGUUUGAGUCGCACCCGUUAGGCGCAUAUCCGUUAAGCUCGUCCCUGCUCCAACACCACCCAAGGAAUGGCGUCGCGAGUAAAUUCGAUUCCGCAACCUGCGGCCGCAGCGGGCGGCGCGAGCCGUGCGAUCUCGGACACGUGGCCGUUGCGCUACGAGACCCGGCGAAUGCUGGAGAAUCGAGUGAAUGCCGCGUCAGCCCGACAGCGGCAAAGCCGCGAGCACCUCCGUCGGCGGAAAGGCCUUUGGCAUCCGGCGGAGCAGGAGCGCCGAUCCCCGCGGAAGAUCUGCAAUGGGCGUGGCGCCUGCUAGUCGUAGGGGGACACGCGCCGGCAUUUGACUCGGAUUCCGCCCGCACGCCCAACGCGCAAGGCCUGCACCGCCCCCGCGGCUCCGUAGAACGCGGAGAUGCGGAAACUCAGCGGCGCGUGUCGGCGGCGGAAAGAGGCGGGAAUGCAGGUGAACGGUGGGGUGGGCUGCAGGGGUUGGCGGGGAAGAAAGCGGAAGAGGGGGGCCGGGGAAUCGAGGGCGGCGCGGGAGCGGAGAGGAAAGUUGUCGGUUUGCGCCAAGUUGGCGGAAGGCGCACGUGGGCCGUUCCGUUCCCCCGCGGAGAUGAGCUGCAGGCGGUGACGGCGGCGCAGCGGCGGCAGCGGGUAAGGCGCAGCCAAUGGCUCCUGCGCUGGCUGCAGCAGCAGCAGGAGCAGCAACAGCUGCAUCAACACCAGCAGCAGCAGCAGCAGCAGCAGCGGCCGUCGUGCGGGUCCUUCGAAGAGCAACUGGCCGCCUUCCCCCUGUCGGACGCGGAACUGCGCGGAGACGGCGCCGGCGAUCGCGGAGGCGCGGGGCACGCGGGGGUCUCCGCGUGCCUGGGGCGCUUGUCCUUGAGCUCCGCGUCCCCUGCGGAGCGAACUCCUUUCCGCCAGCUCUCCCCCUUCGAAGCCACAGGUCCGUCCAGCGGUCGCGAUCCCUCCAGGAGAGGCGCGGAGGCGUGGCGUCCCGACACGAUUUCCCGGGGUGGCAAGACGAAGUUUUCCCGAAAAGAGGGGCAAGUUGUGGGUUGCCCCAAAACCAAGGUGGUGUAG